UCGGGAAGUCCUUUUCUUUUUUUCUUAUUCUAAUCAUUGACUUUAUUAUAUCAUUGCUCGUUGACAAAAUAUAUAUAUUCCUCGAAAACGCCGUCUUGGAGAUACAUCGAUUUCUCAAAAGAUUUAUUUAUUUAUUUUUGGGUUUCCUUGUUUUCCAUUGAUCCCAAUUCUUGUUAGCUUUCUUUGCAACUUGAUACCCAGUCUUUUGUGUUAUUUAUUUAUUUAUUUAUUCAUUUUGUUCACCCAUUGCAUUAAUUUCCAGAUUGUUUUGAAUCGCAAGCAUCAUGUCAUCAACCGCUGCUUUAUUCCAUCGCCCUGAAUUGUUUGGCCUCGAUCAACCCGUUACUCCUAGUGUUGUAGAUGGAAAAUGGUUUACUUCGAAUAGCAAGAAAUCUUUUUCCGUUGAAAAUCCAGCAAACACCCAAGAAAUUGGUAAAGUGACUGAUAUGACCGUGGAUGAGACCAAAAAAUCAAUAGAGGCCGCUGCAAACGGUUUUAAAGCCUAUAAGAAUACAACUCAUGUUCAACGAAGCGAGAUGUUAACUCGAUGGGCUACCCUCAUGGAGGAGAACAAAGAGGAUUUGGUGAAGAUGCUCACUUUAGAAAAUGGUAAGCCUCUUUCGCACGCUGAUAUGGAGGUUUCUACUUCCAUUGGAUAUAUCAAAUGGUAUGCAGGAGAAGCCGUUCGUGUUUUCGGCGAUAUAGCUCCUUCGAGCUUACAGAUGAACAACUUUAUCAUGUCGGUGAAGCAACCCGUUGGUAUUUCAGGAUUAAUUACUCCAUGGAACUUUCCUAGUGCUAUGAUUACCCGAAAGGGAGGUGCUGCAUUGGCUGCUGGUUGUAGCAUCGUAAUCAUGCCUGCGACUAGUACUCCAUACUCUUGUCUUGGUUUAGUCAAGCUUGCACAAGAAGCUGGUUUCCCUAACGGUGUUAUCAACGUUAUCACUACUUCCAAUGUUAGUGAACACGGUAAAGAGCUAACCACUAAUCCUUUGAUUCGUAAAAUCUCUUUCACAGGAAGUACAAAUGUCGGAAAGAUUCUUAUGGGCCAAAGUGCUAGUACAGUGAAAAAGGUUUCUAUGGAAUUGGGUGGAAACGCCCCUUUUAUUGUCUUUCCUGACUUCCCUAUUGAUCAAGCUGUAGACUCAUUGUGUAAUAUCAAGUUCUUCAGUGCUGGCGAAGUAUGUGUCUGCCCUAAUCGUGUCUACCUUCACAAGGACAUUUAUGAAGAAUUUACUAAGAAGCUUUUGGAGAAAGUGAAGACCAUAAAGGUCGGCGACGGACUUGAUCCUUCUACCGGCUUAGGUCCUUUGAUCUCCAAGCAAGGAUGUGAUAAGAUGGCAAGUCAUAUUGAGGAUUCUGUCGCAAAGGGUGCUAAGCUAUUAGCAGGAGGUAAGCGUAUUACAGACAAAGGUGGAUACUUCUAUGAACCCACCGUUCUUGCAAACUUGAACCAUGAUAUGAUCGUGGCUUGUGAAGAAACCUUCGGCCCCUUGAUUUCUCUAUUUCAAUUUGAGAAUGUUGAUCAAGUCCUAGAACGGGCUAAUGACACUGAGGUUGGAUUGGCUGGUUAUGUUUUUUCAAAGGACGUCUCAACCUUAGUCCAUGUGGCUAAAGAACUUGAAGUGGGUCUAGUUGGUGCAAACAUUGAAUUAGUCGACGAACCUUUUAUGUCUUUUGGUGGCAUCAAACAGAGUGGUUUCGGUAAAGAGGCCGGUCGUCAUGGUGUUGAAGAGUUUAUGAUCAUCAAAGAGGUCAACUUGAAGACUCAUUAAAAAAUGUAUAUAUUCUUAUGCUUAUAACCAAUGAAUAAUGAUUUUUCAUAUAUAUGCCUG